AUGGCAGACAAACAUCUCCACUCUGCCCUGUGUGAGCAGUGUGGGAGGAGCUUCCCCUCAAGCUCUUACCUGGCCCUUCACGUAAUAGAAGAGCAUGGAGACAAGUCCAAGCACAAGUGUCCCCAGUGUAACUACACAACUCCUUACGAGCAUGAGCUGCAGCAGCAUCUCACCUGUCACCUGCCUCAGUACACCUGUAAGGUGUGUGGGGAGAAGUUCAGCGCAAAGAUGGAGCUGGCAGGGCACAUCCAGAUCCUACAUCCUGGGGAGAAAAUCUUCUUCUGCGACUUCUGCAGCUACACAGCAAAGCUGAAGCACCACCUGGAAAACCACAUGAACUCCCAGCACACGGCACGCGGAGUGUUCCCCUGUCCCGACUGUGGCAAGGUGUACAAGACUCAACAUCACAUGGAGGACCACAGACAACGACAACACAAGAAGAAGCAAGACAAGGCGUACCCGUGUCACUACUGUGACUUCAUCUCCACAUCGCUCCAGGGGAUCCACCUCCAUGAGAAACAGCGCCACACACAGCCCACCCCGACGCUACGCAUCUACAACUGUGAACACUGCGACAAGAGCUUCCCUACCAAGAGCAAACGGACAACUCACAUGAAGCAGACGCACCUGCGCAGCUACAAGUGUCCGCACUGCGAGUUUUCCUCAGGUGACAAGGCACACCUCAGGUCGCAUCUCAUCAAGCAUCUCAGUAAGGACCCAGACGACGCAGUGAAGUGUCCCCACUGUAAGCAGGUGUUCCAAGGAAAGGACUCUGUCCGUGCUCACGUGAAGGAGAUCCACCCCGGCCUGCCGGUGACCUUCUGUAAGGAGUGCAACUUCACUACUAAACACAAGGGUAGCCUGUGGAAGCACCGGGACAGCGUGCACAGUGGGAAGAUCUUCAUGUGCAGCCACUGCGGGAAGAAGCUGAAGACGCUGGAUUGCGUGCGGACCCACGAGCGGAACCACUGUCCCGUCAUCCACGAGGGCCGGCGCCACCGCGUGGUCUACCUCCCAACACCCAGGGCUAAGGACAUGCACUAA